UCUACCCAAAAAACCUACGGGUAAAUGAAAUUUGAUUAUUUGAAAAAUUAGACUGAUUACAUGCCAAAACUCUAAAAACAGACCAGACUGAUAGAGAAAAAUGUAAAACAUUUUACUUAUCAGUGCAUUCAUUUAACCUCGAACUUCCAUCCAGAAAAUCUGAUCAAAGUAUAUCAAACAAAACAAGAAUUUCAUAAAAUAUUCUCUCUUCUUUUAUUUUCACAGUCACUGGCAAACCCCUCUUAAAAAUAAAUUCAUUUGAGCCAACACCAAGAAAUUAAACUCAGCGAGUGGGGAUCCGGUUCAUAGUGUAAGUGUUUUCAAUCCCAGUUCCCAUCUCAGAUCUGUGUCUGAUCUAAUACAAUUUUGCCAACUACUUUCUUUAUAAUUCCACAGUGCUAACUUCCCUUUUUCGCUAGCUCGCAAUUCAGCAUUUUCUUGUAAAUCUAUCAACAAUGUCAUCAACAUCUUUACACCAAAGACCUCUUCACAAUCCUCUCACAGACUCAAAUCCAUUAUCCCCACCAUCUUCUCAAACUUCCCAAAAACACACUUCUUUUCUUCAAAGCCGAACCACCCUUUUGUUCCUUCUUUCUCUUUUAGUAAUUCUUGGAGUUCUCUAUCCAUACAUUCAAUUUCCUCAAAAUGGGUUUCUCUCUUACACCUCAAAAUCCAAUCUUUUUGAAUCCAAAUGGCGUGACUAUUCUUUGCCUAAAGCUGCAGCCUUUGUGGCUAAGAAUAAUACACUUAUAGUAUGUAUUGUUAGUGAACCUUACUUACCCUUUUUGAAUAACUGGUUGAUUAGUAUUGUGAGACAAAAACAUCAUGAGAAAGUUCUUGUUAUUGCUGAGGAUUAUCCUACUUUGUUUAAGGUUAAUGAAAGGUGGCCUGGUCAUGCUGUGAUUAUUCCUCCUGUUUUGGAGUCCCAAACUGCUCAUAAGUUUGGAUCUCAGGGAUUCUUCAACUUUACGUCCAGAAGGCCUCGGCAUCUUCUGCAAAUUUUGGAGCUUGGUUAUAAUGUCAUGUACAACGAUGUUGAUAUGGUUUGGUUAGCGGAUCCAUUUCAAUAUUUAGAAGGAAAGCAUGAUAUAUACUUCAUGGAUGACAUGGCUGCGGUAAAACAUCUGAAUCACUCUCAUGGUUUGCCACCUCCAGGGAAGAAGGGUCGGCCUUAUAUCUGUAGCUGCAUGAUCUAUGCACGACCCACCAAUGGAGCAAAACUAGUUAUGAAAAAGUGGAUUGAGGAAAUGCAGAUUCAACCAUGGUCCAGAGCAAAGAAAGCUAAUGACCAGCCAGCUUUUAAUUGGGCAUUGAUGAAAACUGCUGAACAGGUUGACAUGUAUCUGCUUCCUCAGUCAGGAUUCCCAACGGGUGGUCUAUACUUUAGAAACAAGACUUGGGUGAAGGAAACUAAGGGAAUGCAUGUUAUUAUUCAUAACAACUACAUAGUCGGUUUUGAGAAGAAGACAAAACGUUUCCGUGAUUAUGGUCUCUGGUUGGUGGAUGAUUAUAGCUCUGAAUCUCCACUUGGCAGAUUAGACUAGAUAGGAAGAGAGUAAAAAGACCCCAUGAUGUCCUUUUGGCAAACCAGCAAAGCUAUUAUUUGAACAGCAGCUUCUCUCUUCCCUAAAGGCUUUGGAAGUUUUAGGAGCUGGCGGACGUGCAUUGCCAUCUCUCAAAUCAUUUCAUUCAGUUGAUAUGAUGUGAUGCUAAACGAAAAUGCAUAGAUUUUGUAUUUCCACCCCGGAUUUGUUGAGAACUCUGCUAUUGUUUAUCUAAUGUUUGCUUUGUUCUCAUAAAAAAUGAGUCUGCAUUAGGGACUCCAAAAAAUGCUCUAUUUUUUGCUCUUUAUACUCCAAUAUUGAUUUGUAUAAUUGUAUCUGUUCUGUAUACAAGACACAGUAAUUUGUGUAAUACUGAGAGAAAUCUUUAGUUAACAA